CUUCCGCAAGCAAAUCAUUUUUCUGGAUAAUUCGGAGCGGCUCGCUUCGGCAAUGGCGGCGACCGACGGCGUCCCCGUUCGAUGCCAAAGGAUCGGGUGUGAUACCAUGUUCACCGAGCAAGACAACGUCGAUGGAUCCUGCCGAUACCAUGAUUCUGGGCCAAUAUUCCAUGAUGGAAUGAAAGAAUGGAGUUGCUGCAAGCAAAAAAGUCAUGAUUUUAGCUUAUUUUUGGCAAUUCCAGGCUGUAAGACAGGUAAACAUACAACUGAGAAACCAGCUACCAAGAUUGUCUCUACAAACACUCGAAAACCUGCCCCGGUUCAAUCUUCCACACAAAAGAAAAGUGAAGAAUCUUGUUCAAGGUGCCGUCAAGGUUUCUUCUGCUCUGAUCACGGUUCACAAGGGAGGCCUUCAAAGGCAGCCGUUGUGCCUGGUGAUACUGACAACCAGGUGGAAAACAGCCCCGCUCCGGUUAAGAAAAAGAUUGGUAUCAAUGAACCCCAGACUUGCAGAAACAAGGGAUGUGGCAAAACCUUCAAGGAGAAGGAGAACCAUGAAACAGCAUGUGAAUAUCAUCCAGGUCCAGCGGUUUUCCAUGACCGUCUGAGAGGGUGGAAAUGUUGCGACGUCCAUGUGAAAGAAUUCGAUGAGUUCCUGAGCAUACCUCCAUGCGCUAAAGGUUGGCACAAUGCCGAUGCUGCAUGACAGUACUAGAGAAACCUAGCCACCAUCCACCUCCAUAGUAUCGCACUAAAUUCUUGUAUUCUGCUAUAACAAUCUCUAGCUACUAUCUUAGCUGAUGAAUUGCUGUUGUUUCUAAUUGCACAUUUGCUUCAGAUGGCUUUUCCAUGAACAUGUUCUGCUGAAACCAAUAUAUCAUUCAAGUGAGGAUUUGUCU